CGGCGUUUGAGAAGGCGAUGGAUCAGAUCAACGAGGAAAUGUUUAACGAGCGUGUGCUUCACACAAUGCAAAUUGCGAGGGAGCGCGCGGACUGCCGGCGGGCUUAUCGCCGAGCGCAGAAACUCCUUCAGGCGCAGAAUUUCAACACUCCGAGCGGUCGUGGAACGGGAAUGUCACGAAAGGACUCGCAAGUUCGAGAAGAAGAGACAUCUCCUAAUACUAGCUCUGAUAAUAACUUGACGCUGGGUACGCAUGUUCCAAAAGGACCAGGAGCUGCGCAAAUUCGAGAACAAGAAUCAUCUACUACGGGCAACGCCGGCAGCGAGCGGGCUUUGGGUACGCAAGUUCAAAAAGGUUCGGGGAAUGUGCAAUCUUCACGACAAGAAACGUCUCCGACUAGUCGCUCUGAUCGCCGCAAGCGCGCCAUGAACAAGUAUCUUCUACAACGCUCGAAAAAGGAAGAGACGGUACACUCAGAAAAGCGGGUCGCUGAUACGAAACUUGAGCCCGGAUUCAAGAUACUGAGGAUCGCGAACACUUGAGAAGUAUCGCCCCAACGGUGACGAAGCGGCUCUGCGUGCCACAAGAUGAGAAGAGGAAUUAUGUGGGAGGUGGCACAGUGAGUACUGGAAAAGAGAGAAAGACAUGAUCUGUUGUUUUGAUGUAAGAUUAGGGGGGGGUAAAUUGGACAUGACGAGCACUUCGAAACUGGGUAAUGGGAAUAAAAAAGGAUGAUGUACAGCAGAAUAAUGGGUGAAGCAAGGUGG